ACCCUAGAAGAAACCGGAUUGACGGAAAAUUCUCUGUUUUUUCUGGGAAAUUUCCGAGACAAGUCCAUCUCUUUUUCUUUCUGGGCUUGUUUGGGGGAAUUUCUUUUUGUGCAGUUUUACUUUGGUGGUUUUGUUUUUUUCCUCUACACUACACAUGCCGGUGGACAUGGAUAACUCAUCCACAAUUUCCGCCGAGGCAAGCGUCUCCUCCGCUGGAAAUCUAAAUCCACCUCCCAGAUCAGCCGGAAAAAAGAAGCGCAGCCUUCCCGGCAUGCCUGAUCCAGAGGCGGAAGUCAUAUCUCUGUCUCCGAAAACCCUACUAGCGACGAACCGAUUCGUCUGCGAAAUCUGCAACAAGGGUUUCCAGCGUGACCAGAAUCUCCAGCUCCACCGUCGAGGCCACAAUCUGCCAUGGAAGCUCCAACAGAGAUCGAGCAAGGAGGUGAAGAAGAAGGUAUAUGUUUGUCCGGAACCCACCUGUGUUCAUCACGACCCCUCACGCGCGCUGGGGGAUCUCACCGGAAUCAAGAAACACUUCUGUCGGAAACACGGCGAGAAGAAGUGGAAGUGCGAGAAAUGUUCGAAGAAGUACGCUGUCCAGUCCGACUGGAAGGCGCAUUCGAAGAUUUGCGGCACCAAGGAGUACAAAUGCGACUGCGGAACUCUGUUUUCAAGGAGAGAUAGCUUUAUAACGCACAGGGCUUUCUGCGACGCUUUGGCUGAAGAUAGCGCCCGAAACCACAACCACAGGAAGCAGCAGAAUCCUGAAAUGGGUUCCCGGAAAAGUCUGGAACCCGACCAGAAACCCCCCGCCGCCCCUCAUUCUCCGCCGCCUCCGCCGCCGCCAGCUGCGGAUUCGGUCCCACCUCCAGCUCCCGCGACGGCGGCUUCUGCCGCUGCUGCUGGUCAGGUUGAUGCUACUAAACCUGCUAAAAUCGUAUCUUCCUCGUCCUCAUCUAUUCAGCAUUCAGCCGCAGAAUCCCAAGAAAACUAUCCUGAAGUUAUUGAAGAAUCUCCAAGAACGAUUGGCUUGAACGUGAACACCAGCAAUAGCACCGGCUCGAGCCCAAGCACAAAAGGAAGUUACAGUGACAGUAACAGUGUGUUCGCUGGCCUGUUUGUGUCGUCGACUGCCUCGCCAAGCUUAUACGUUUCUUCUUCCACAGCUUCGCCGAAUCUCUAUGCACCGUCCACACCCAUCGAACCCAUCUCUCUCCGCCUCUCGUCAAAUCAUGGGUUAUCCUUAUUUGGGUCUACCCUGCAGGACCCAGCUCAGUUCCUGAACCCUCUGUCUCAGCCAGCCAUGUCUGCCACCGCUCUGCUUCAGAAAGCCGCCGAGAUGGGAGUUUCAGGGGGGUCGUUGCUUCACAGAUUAGGCAUGGUCCCAUCUUCUCCAUCGACCAUGGUUCAGAGCAGUGACGACUCGUUUCAUGGGCUCGGACUGGGACUGUCUUGUGGCGGCGGAGAUGGUGGCUCGGGUUUGCAAGAGCUGAUGAUGGGAAACUCCUCUGUGUUUGGUACGAAACAGACAACACUCGACUUUCUGGGAUUAGGAUGGGCUGUUGGCAGAAGUAGUAGUUGAUGGAUGCAGCUAUGUUUGAUCAUUAUUUUAGUUUUACUUAGUAGUGUCUUUGUUAUACUAAAAUCCUUGUUUAUUAAUAUUAGUGUUUUUUGUAUUUUCCCUGUAAAUUGUUGGUUUUUCAGAAUUGUUUUAAUCGAAUUUGUAAAUGUUAAGUUUUUUUUCUAUUUUUCAA